AUGAACAUUUACCUUAAUUAGGAAAAUGUGCAGUUUAGAAUGAACGGUAAAUAAUGAGUGUGUAUUUUCUGUACUGUGCUAUCAUUUGAUGAUAAUAAUGUAUACUUUGAAAGGCAUAUUCCCUGAACCCAAAAAAGAACAAAAAAAGAACUUUAUCAGGGAAAACAUGAAACAGCUAAAGUAUAUACAAGGCAAAAUAAAGGAACCCAAGUUCAACACAGUAAAGAACCAUCCAUCUCGUCUAAGUCACCAGGCAGCGGCCGAGUGUUCGCUAGGCAAAGUCAAGUCUUCCCCCUCCAACAAAAGCGGCCAAAUAUCUCUUAACAUAGCGAAAACCAGCUUAACCAACUCGCGUAAGAAACAGUCAGCAGACAUAAAAAUCAAGAAAGGUGACAUGGCUGAGUUUUUGAAACGAAAAGAACUCUUGAAACAAAUGAAGUCAACUGGCGAUUCCACAGAAGAUGCGAGAUCAACAGAAUCGUCUGGUCGCCUCAGAGAUAUCGGGUGUCAAACAGUUGAAACAAAUCUUGCUCAGAAAUUAGAAGAGAGUACAAAGUUAACAAUGCUUUAUCCUAAAAAGGAUGAGGAUGAAGCAAAGUUGAAAGCAAGUGGUGACUCAGCACACCACCGCAGCCCAAGCCGCUCACCAAAUCUAGCGACGCCGCGGCGCGCUGGCGACGCGCUACAGGACUUCGAACGGCCACGCAGUCGAUUGAAUGCCAUUCUAGAGAGAAAAGUACCAGAUAACAAGGAUCCUUUUCUCCCGUCAAAUUACCAGAAAGGUGUACUACCAAAAUACCUUCGUGAGCGCAAGGACGCCGGUCCCAAGGAUGCUGAGGGUGCGAUGGCUGAUAAUGAACAAGCUGUAUGUCCUCCAGGACAUGUUACUUUGCCUGAUACUGAACGUAAAGAAACUUUAAGGAUGCUUAGAAAUAGUUUUGCAGAAUUAGUAAGUGAACUGAAUAAAAUGCCUGUGAAGACUGACACAUUGAGAAUGCGCAAUCGGAAAAUGGAGCUAGAAAAGCAAUUGACCAAACUUGAGGAGGGUAUUAAAGUAUUCUCUCGACCCAAAGUGUUUGUCAAGAUUGGCGAGUGAAGGAUUGUUAUCACUUGCCUGAGGAUAUUCUGGCCAUUCCCAAUUAUUUGACUCUCAGGCCAGUUUUGUUCAUGAAGAGCUUCAUCAUAAAAUACCUGGUUAAUCAACACUGAAUGUUAAAAAUGAAUGAAUCAAAUUAAGCUAAACUGGUUCAUUCAAUAUUGUUUUGAACAUCUGUUAUCUGCCUCAUGUAAAUGUGGCAGACAACAAAGCUACAAUAUUCACUUAAAUAAGUGAUUUGUUUAGUGACAGUGGUUUGUCUUCAAAAUUGAAGUAAACAAUCUGAUCUUGUAUUGUGUAGAAAAUAAUAAAGUAUUUUGUUUGUUUGUAACAUUGUUGUGUAAAAAUGUUUAUUUAAAAAGUGUAAAAUGGACAAUAUUUGCAGAAUAAAGACAUGGGUAAAUCCAUGGAUCACACGUAAUUGUUAUACACGUUUUUAUCAAAAAUUGAAUGUAAAUGUUGUGAAAUUCCAGUGAUCUCAUAAACUUAAGUUAAUUUGUUUAUUACCUAGCAUGUAUGUUAGUCUA